AUGAGAUUUCUUUCUGCAGCAAGCGUCUUGGCAGUGUUGACGAAUUUGGUGGUUGGAGAUGUAAUGUAUCUUCAAACCAAUGAAGAUACCCCCAAAACCGUUAAUGUUGAUGAAGCUGGUAUAGUUUCUUUUGACGACACUGUCAAUUUGAUGGACGGGACUCUCUUUGAGUUUAUUGAUAAUCAGUUGGUACUCGCGGAUGAUAAUAACGUUAUAUUAACAGUUCUUUCUCCGGACAAUAUAAUUGGUACAACUUCCGAUUCAUCGCAAGUUUUGGGUUCAUGGACAAUUAAUGAAGAGAGAAUUGUAUUUUAUUCAUCAGCGCUUUAUAUGUGUAGCGAUGAGUCACUGGUCUUUAUUACAACAUCGGAUACUGGCGACUGUACUAUGAUAAGCUUUAAGCAAACCAUCUUCCCAAUCCCACCAGAAGACGAGACUGACCCAGUUGUUCCACCAGAAGACGAGACUGACCCAGUUGUUCCACCAGAAGACGAGACUGACCCAGUUGUUCCACCAGGAGACGAGACUGACCCAGUUGUUCCACCAGAAGACGAGACUGACCCAGUUGUUCCACCAGGAGACGAGACUGACCCAGUUGUUCCACCAGGAGAUGAGACUGACCCAGUUGUUCCACCUGAGGAAAGCGACGAUGUUGAACCACCAAUCUCCUCUUCUGAGGACUCUGAAACAAUUAGUCCCAUUACUACAUACUCUACUGAAGAAUCUGAAGAACCUGAAGAAACAGAAGAACCUGAAGAAACAGAAGAGCCCGAAGAACCUGAAGAAACAGAAGAGCCUGAAGAACCUGAAGAAACAGAAGAACCUGAAGAACCUGAAGAAACAGAAGAGCCUGAAGAACCUGAAGAACCGGAAACAAUUGAUCCAGUUAGCACUUCUUCUACUUCCGAUGAAACUGUAUCACCUAUUCUGAUCUCCGAUGUUUCAUCCUCAACAACUGAUGACGUUGACGACGAAUCAAGUACCGCAGAAGUAACCUCAAGUACCGGUUUCACCGAGACUCCAACAGGCAGUGAACUUCCAAUUCCACUUCCAACUGAUGUUGUCGACCCCGAAAAGCCAUUUGAACUCCUCACUAGAUGGGAUAACAUUAUAAUACCAUUUGGUUCCAACGGAACACAUAUAACCGUAUUGAAUGGAGAUGCUAUUAUUUUCGAACUUGAAGACGGUUACUUGAGAGUGUCUGAGAGCUACGUGAGAGUAUCAGAUGAUGGUCUUUUGGUUCUUAGCAACAGAGAAAGUGCCACAGCUGGAUGGUCCUUUGAGGAAAAUGUUCUUUCUUUUGAAACCCUUCAAAGCCGUUACACUUUUUCAAAACGUGCAGAUGCAGAAUUUUCACUUUGUGAUGCCGAGAUUGGUUAUGUUGUUUACCUUGACGGUGGCUGCUACCCAAUCGAAGUUGCUGCUGCUAACACGGAGGAAGAUGUUCCUUCACAAUCAGAACAACCUGGAGACGAAGAAGAAACUGGAGCACCAUCUCCUGUUGAUCCAUCUGAAUCUACUGAACCAAAUGUGAGUGAUAAUGAUGCAAGUGCAUCCGAGGGUGCUGAACAAACUGAAGGCGUUUCACCAAAUACUGAUGCCAGCCUUACAAGUGAGGAGAUUAGCGAUUACUCUGUGAUCUUGGCCACAACUACUGUUGAUACCGUUAUAACUAUUACAGACUGCGGAGAUGAUAACGUUUGUACCGAGAGGGUUGUUACCACAGAGUCAGAGGUUGUCAACUCAUCAACCAUUAACAAUAUCCUCACGACAUACCCUACCGAAGUCACAGUCACAAUUACUUCCUGCGAGGAAGAAGUUUGCUCUGAACAUCUCACAAUUAGAAGAACUAUUAUUACAACAUAUUGCCCUGUCUCAUCAACUAUUCAAACUCAAGUUCUUCCAGUUGUCACCGAUGUUACUGUAACAGUUACUGAUUGCGAUGGUUUUGUAUGCGAUGAAACUACUGUUAUGGAAUCCACUACUUAUCUUACGACUACUGUAACUACAUACUUGGUGGUUGAAGAGGAAAAACCCUUUGGACAACCAGACUUUGAAGGAAAGCCAGAUAACGGACCUGCAACUAUUGCAGGCCCAGUCCAAGAGUUGCAGAAACCUGAUGUCAAUGACGAUAAGACUGUUGACAUUCCAUCAGAACUUCAAAAUGGAGCCGGUAAAGCAAUCUUGAAUACAUCUAUGCUUACUUCCAUCCUCAUGCUUGUCUCAUUUCUUUUGUAG